GGUAGCAGUCAGUGCAAUGGGAUAGAGGAGAGCGAGGAGGAGGAGGAGGGAGGAGAGUGAAUGAGAGCUGCUGGAUCUGCCUUGCCUGCAUGCCUGCCUGCCUGUCGUCUGCUGAAGCUGGGUUUACCGCCACACUGCACUGGCACAGAGCAGAGUCACGGCCCGUUUGCACCAACCGUCCUCACUCUCAGCACCGGGGUCUCACUCCAGCGACACCACCAGCAAGGAAAACCAGGGACCGAGCUCCCCAGGCUUUCUCCAUCAUCAAGGAGGGACGCAGCAGCUACGAAGGGGCCUGACGCUACAAUUUAGGCACCAGCUGCUACCUCAACCAAAUCCCCCUCCACCUUAUCCCAUCCUUACCAACACCACCACCACUCCUCUCUUGCUCCUCCCUAUGCCCUUGUCCUCGGCGGCUCCACUCACCUCCCUGGCCAGUAUAUGGAUAGAAGCUCCCUGUUUCAGCUCAUACAAGAGCAGCUGGACCCAGAGAACACCGGUUUCAUUGCAGUGGAGAACUUCACCAGCUUGGUGGAGCACCAUGAGCUGCAGCUGGACCCGUCCAAACUGGACAUGCUGUUAGCCCUCGUCCAGAGCAAUGACGAGGGACAGGUGUGCUACCAGGAGCUCAUCGAGCUGAUGAGCAGCAAACGCUCCAGCAGUUUCCGACGAGCCAUCGCCAAUGGCCGCCGCACGCUGCAGAGGGAGAUCCUGCUGGACGAGACGGGGCUGGGUCUGUACAAACGUUUUGUGCGCUAUGUGGCCUACGAGAUCCUGCCCUGCGAGACGGACCGACGCUGGUACUUCCACCAGAACCGCCUGUGUCCCCCGCCUGUCUUUAUCGCCAUUGUCACCAUUGUCCAGAUUAUCGUGUUCAUGUGCUAUGGCAUUAUGCUAAACAAGUGGGUACUGCAGACAUAUCAGCCUGACUUCAUGAAGAGCCCCCUGGUCUACCAUCCCGGCCACCGCGCACAAGUGUGGCGCUUCUUCAGCUACAUGUUCAUGCACGUUGGUCUGGAGCAGCUGGGGUUCAAUGCUUUACUGCAGCUGAUGAUCGGCGUGCCUUUAGAGAUGGUCCACGGCAUCUUACGAAUAAGUUUGCUGUACAUGGCGGGAGUGCUGGCCGGCUCGCUGACAGUGUCCAUCACAGACAUGCGUGCUCCAGUGGUGGGGGGCUCUGGGGGGGUCUACGCUCUGUGCUCAGCGCAUCUGGCCAACGUCGUCAUGAACUGGGCCGGGAUGCGCUGUCCUUACAAGCUGCUCCGCAUGAUCCUGGCGCUGGUUUGCAUGAGUUCAGAGGUGGGCCGUGCAGUCUGGCUCCGCUUCUCACCGCCGCUGCCGUCCUCGGGGCCCCAGCCCAGCUUCAUGGCGCACCUGUCGGGGGCCGUGGUCGGCAUCAGCAUGGGGCUGCUGAUCCUGCGCAGCUACGAGGAGAGUCUGCAGAAACAGUGCUCCUGGUGGGUCAUCAUCUUCUCCUUCAUCACCUUCCUCCUCUUCGCCAUCUUCUGGAACAUCUUCGCGUAUGAGCUCCUGGGGGUGCAGAUCCCACCUCCUCCCUGAUGAUGUGCCCCCCCCCCCCCCCCCCCCCUCCUCCGCAUACGCACUGACUCCAACCCUGCUCCAAACAAAGCUUCCCCCUUUGACCAUUGUUCACUUUCCCAUUUCCUCUCAAGUUAGACCCAAAUGAAAUGACAUGAGAUCAUUCAAACUAAAAUCGACCAAGAAUCCUUUUUUACAGAUACUUUGCAAAUCAAAGAAAUAUGUCUCUUUUAUUAAAGAGGGAUUACAGUAGCAACAAGUACAGGUGAAAGUUCCUCAGAUCCAUUUUGAGGAACAAUAUAUCUUUUUAUAUACGUUGAAAUCUCAUCCACAUUACCAGCGCUAACCUUUCAGUGAGCAUUGGGCCACUGUGCUUUAUUUUUUUUUUGUUCAGAGGCUUUUUUGAAAAGCAGUUUCAUCAGUCGUGUUUUUUUUUUUUGAGUAAAUCUAAAGACCUCAAGUAAGAAGAAUCUGAGUUCAUGACAUGUGCCUCUGAUGAAGAGGACUUAAAGGAAGCAGAGUAGUAGGAAUAUGUGCUGUUGCUGGCAAAAUGCUUGGAGAAAUUUUUCUGUCUUUCAUAAAGGUCAGAGAUGAGGAGCAGCUGCAGCAAUGCCCCUUAAACUAGUAGAGUUUCAGUGUUUUGCUUAAAGGCGCUAAAGCAGAUUCUGUCGACUGUGCUGCAGGGGAAGAUCUAAAGAAGAAUUUCAGGAUGAGCACAUUUAUUUCCAGGGGCAGCAAUAAACAAAAAACAUAGAAGCACCAAUGAAAUAUGAUUGUUGAUAUGAAUUUUCUGAUUUCAAGUCCCUGCUGUAACUUGCAGGGGUCACUGCGGUUUUUGCCAAAAACCAAACAACUAACAAAACGUUUUCUUCAAACUGAGCUGCUGAGUAGUCAAAUCAGUCAAAAACCUCAAGUGUAAACGGACGAAGAAAAUUCCUAAACCAGAGCAGGUGCAGGAAGAACCUGAGGUGGAAGUUUUAAAUGCAAAAUUGAGGUAAGAAGCAUCACUGUCAUUUUCACUCCAUGGGGUCUUUAAAAAUAAAAGGACAUCAGUUUUUCUCUUAUCAUUUCCAUGAUAAUAUACCUACACUGUGGACACAGAAACAUAGUUCACACAACACAGACAAGAUGUGAAGAUGGGAAAUCAAAGUGACCGCAUGACAGGGGAGGAAAGAGAUAAAAUAACAGUCGAAGUUUCCUGGAUGGUCAUUACUGCAGCGAGUGAACUCCUCCGGUUGCUGUGUCAAACGUUAACCACCAACUUGCUAGGCGCACCGUGUAAAAUAUGCCAUGUCAUGCUCUGUGGCUCUCAGCGAGACAAGGACACACACACACACACACACACACACACACACACACACACACACUCUGUCUCUUCUCCUCUUUGUCUUUGAGAGCGGCCACUGCCCGAAUCUGUAGGUCAACAUGGACAAACCGAAGAGAAAAACACCACACACACACACACACACACACACACACACAUACUGGCCUCUGCCUGUUCUCGCUCUGACAGACUGAACUGGGGAGGGCGCGGAUGUGUCAUCAUCUGACCUCUGACCUUCGUGUCCCAGAGGGCAUUGGGGUCUCUCUGUCAGGCCCAGUCUAUACCUCAGUUUCUCAUUCUUAGGGACUGUAUACUUUUGUAAAGGAAUGUACCUAUAAAGAAAAAAAAAGAGUGUUAUUAAGUUGUCCCCGUUUUUCAUUUGAUAGUGGAUGUGUAUAUUGUAUGUUCAUAACCAAGAGUAUAUUUAUUUGUAUUUUUUCCUCUUCGAGGGGAAAAGAGAAAAGUUUCAAAUGGUGCAAAAUUAAUGCUAUGAUUGUUGUUAUUCUGAUAACUCCUGUAUGGCUUUGAUGAUCCUCUGAAAAAUAGUCUAUGAGGCAAAAUCCCCUGGUUUGUUCGGUGACCACCAACGACUCAAGCUCACUUGAUUUUAUAAAUCUUUAGUGCUUUAGAAAAUAAGCCAUAGAAAGAACUAAGUAGAGAGGGCAAAAGCAUAGGAAAAAAGGUGUUUUUGGUUUGAAACCUGCUGAUUGGUAGCUUCAGCUCGACUUUUUUUUGCGGGAUCCAAAAUCACAUCUCCAUUGCGAAUGUUCAACAGGUGAAGAGGAAGAAAACAAACUGAGCAACUCUGGACUGUUUGCGAUUAUUUUCAUGUAGCUGGACUCAUUUCUGCAGCUUAAUUUUCGCGACGGCGCCACAUCUGCAGUGUGCGGACGCCUCGCUGCGGCUCUUCUUUUGCGAAUAACAAAUUACAGACAGGACUUCUGUCAUAGAUUAUCUUCAGUGUGAUCCAGGCUUUUGGAAAAAUGAGGCCAGGAUAGCAAUUACAUUUACUCAUGCUAUGUUCCAUUUUUCAGCCUUUCAAUCAAUAAUUCAUUUGAAUGACCACUGGCUGCCUGGGGGGAAAAAAAAAAAUGUAUGCAUUUGCCAAUUUUGAUAGUUGGUCAUAAAUACAAUCCUCAGCAUUUGCUUCCUCAUGAAACUGUCAGUAUUAACAGAACACUCCUUGUUAAAUGAGGGAAUGAGUAUGAAAUAGUCAGAAUAAGCCAUUUUCAAAUACAUUAAAAACAGAAAAGAUCAGCCAACAUGCGGUAUUAAUGUAUCCUUGAUGGAAACUCUUGUGUAAACUAGGAGAUAUUAUUGCUUGAGAUAGCAAAAAUACAUUGAUGAAUAAUGCAUACAUAUCCUGUUAGCCUAUAAUGAAGAUAAAGGGGACGCCUGAGAGGAGGUUAAUGUGCCUCUUUAACUUAAGAUUCAUAGGAACCCAGACGGGUUGUAAAAAAGGGCUAGUAAAUGGCUAUGCUUUUGUAGAACACAUUAACUGUGAAUAUUACCCCAUCCUGGAAAUACAUGCAGGACUAAAAUCAAAGGCUUGUGGAUUCUUUUUGCCCCUGAACCUCAAAAAAAUGAUACUCAACUGAGUUCUCCUCAUGCAAAGUGAAACGUCCAGUGUUUCAUUUGUCAUCAACAGCUCUUCUUGCAGAGACUUGCAGAAAAAGCAGUCAAGAGAACGUAGUAUAAGAAGUAUCUUAAACAACCAGUUGAGGGGGAAAAGUUUUCAAGAGUAGUUUAUCACUUUUCUGUGAGCCAGAUCUCCUGGCCCUGAGCCUGAGCCUGAGCCAACCACAGCACUUUCACACCUUCAAAAAAACAAGUCAUCUCCUGUCUGAGAAAAGCCUCUCCUGCACCCAGACAGCAGCUCAUCUUAAAGGAGAAGAGUGAUAGAGGCCUGACUCUCAUCCUCUGGCUGACAGCAUGUGACAGUUUUGGUUUGUGAGGGAUGGAGGGACAGCAGACGCAACAGACAACAGUGCCGGCACUCUUCGCAUUAAAACCUCUAUGUGCUUCCCCAUCCUGUCGCGCUCAUGUCACAACACCCCCAGUGUCAGGAUGAUGCAUGGCUGUUGUGAGGAUACACCAGAGCCCAAAGCUAGACCGUAAAACAGGAUCUCUUCCUUUAAUAAGUGGAUCUGACAGGUUGCAUGAUGUUUAAUUUAAUUGCUGUCUUUGGGUGACAUAUUUGUUUUCUACAGUAUAAGGAAGGCUUGGUGAGGGAUGGCAUGAGCUGAAUAGGAGCAGCCUAUCAAUAACAUGUGAUCCAUCACUUUGGGCAGUCCACAUCCUCCCUUCUACUGGUUUCGGUACAAGAUGAUGUUUAAAGGUUAGUGCCAACCAUGAGCAAAACUCAUUGAUACAUGGACUCUUGUUGAUGUGACUUUAAGCUGAAAUAUUGUUCAUUUCUGUGCUUGUCUCAUUCAAAAAUGCAGCAUAACUUUACAGCAGAAUACUUGACAUUUCUCUGACUGCUGCUUCUUAGUUCCUGUUCCUACAUCUCAUCAUAAGUGGGAUUUUUUGCACUUAUUAUAUUGUUGUUAACUGACAUGUUGUCAUGUGCCAUAUUCUCUACUGCCAUAAUCAUUCUUUGAUGCUUUUGUACCUCCCUAUGCCAAUCCAUUGUGCUGUUAUGCCCAAUGCCUUGUUAUAUCUAAGCCCAAGACUGAGCACCAGGCAGAAAGGCCGCUUUGCUGUUCGCUGUACGAUUUAUUCCACAUGUUCAUGCACAGGAUCCACAAGAGAAAGAAGUCGCCGCAGUCCAAACAACUGUACAUCCAGUAGCUGCUCUGAACUGCUGCUUGCCAACAAGCCGGCCAGGUUGCCUUUUCUCAGUGUUCAGUGCUGCUCAGAAAUGGGUCACUGUCACUGCAGGACUGUGCAGGUAAAGCAGGCAACUGUAGCUCCAGAGAUGGAACUGUAUUUACACCAAGAGUCAUUGGAUGCUAACCAGCGCAUAAAUUUACACUCCUAGUGUUUCAGUAAAGAUGAUGAAACCUGUAAUUGCUGGUUUAGGGGUUAUUAAAGUUUCUUUGGCUUUAGUUCCCAAACUAUCCUGGAUAUUGAUACGUGAAAAUGUGUAAAAACAGGGUCAGGUUUUGAAUUUGUGCAGAUUUGACACAUGUAAUAUUAAGCAAACAAAACCGGCUUUGAAACCCAACAGCUGAGGAUUGUCGUAAAUUUCCCAAUCUCUCCACUGUGCUAAAAGUCCUCAGUGUUUAAACGAGGAACACAACUGAACGUUCUGGUUUUCAUGUGGAUUAGUGAACACUGAUUUUUUUCUGCCACAGCUGGAAACAAGGUUAGAAAAAGGUUUGUCUUCUAGUCUGUAAUAAAAAAAAAACAGAUUUACAUCUCCACUGACGACAAACUGGUGAGAGUCAAAGACAGAUUGUAAAUGUUUUUUCUUUUCUGGAGAUGAUUCAUUUUCUGGUUUGUCACUCUGCUCGAGUCUUGGUUUCCCAGUUUCUAGCUUUGGUACAGAUUCUUUUCAUGUUCACAAAUACUGAGCCUGAGCCACUCGAGUUCACACAGAUAUCACAGGUGGUUUCUUCAAAUGCGACUCAUUUCCCUCUGAGAGUUUAGAAUUUAAAAGUCAUAUCUGUGCUGCUGUGGUAGUUUUUCAUGAGCUGCUUACUUGUAUUGAUAAAAUGGUGCCAAGCUUACGAGGUUCAAUCUCUCAGACCAGACAAGAGGUUGGACCAACACAGCGUUUACAAAAAGAAAAAGCAGAAGAACCUAUUUUUCUCUCGGUCAUGAGGAAACUAAAGGAAAACUAAAUUUACAUAUGGAUAAUUUAUAUCAAAGUCCUCAUUAAUUAUUUCACAAUCUAUUGUACUUUUUAAAUGUUCUGAACGGAACCAUUUUAUAUUGUAUAUAUAUGAAUAUAUUUUGUUUUAUUUUGUACUGUUCAUUGUACUUUGCUUUAAUUUAGAAACAAUAUAAAUAAAGAACAAUACUGUGGCAACAUC